GGCGGCCGUGGCUGCGCUACAAGAGGCAGCCCCACCGCCCCCUUCUGUGUUGUCGCCGUUGUCAUCAUCGUCGGCAGCGACAGGCCCUCACGCGCACACCAACAAGAUGGGCCACAAGCGCCGCAGUCGCGGUGCGCGCACGAAGCAGAAUGACCUUGUGGGCACGCAGUCUGAGCGGGCGUCGCGGGCGCUGCGCAACGCCGUCAGCAAGGCCGACUAUGAGGCCAUGCUUGGAGCUGUAGACGACGGUGCGGACGUCAACUUUGCAGAUGAGAAGGGCCGCACGGCAUUGCACUUUGCAGCCGCCGCUGGACGCGACACCUUCGUGCAGUUCCUCAUCUCCCAAGGAGCAGACCCCAACAAGCAGGACUCAAAUGGCAACACCGCACUGCACUUGGCGGCGUGCACGAACAACAUCAAGGUCAUCACUGCACUCGUGGACGGUGGCUGCGACAUCAACAUGCGCGAUGGCAAGGGGCGAACACCGAUUCACUUUGCGCAGUCGCAUCUGCAGUUGCUGCGGCGUUACUCAAGCGACCCGGAGGCGUAUCGGGGCAAAGUGCUCGACGUGGUGAACCUCUUGCUGGCAUACUCCCGACGACACAACCGCGAAGCCGUCGAAGGCUUGAACGACCUGGUAUCCCGCAUCUCCACGCAUUCGCUGGAUGAGCUUGAAGACGUCCUCGGCGAGUUUGUCAACAUGUCCCUCGCAUCCCUCGAGUAGACACACACACGCACACGCACACGCACACACGCACACGCACACGCACGCACGCACGCGUAAACAUUUGUCCACAACAGGCUCGUUAUUGCACAUAUGCGCUUGCUCGUUAUGAAUAAGGCUGGUCUAUUGAAUUGUAUGACGAGACCUGCCUGUGUACACACACACACACACAGACACACACACAGACACACACACACACACACACACACACACACACACA